AUGGACUUGUUGACACGUGUCGUGUGUGCUCUGCUCCUGCUGGCCCUGCUGCUGGCAGUGACUCCCUGCCCAGGAGAGUCCAAGGAGCUCUGCCCGCACCCCUGCCGCUGCCAGAGGCGUGGACUGCUGGACUGCCGCCACGCCGGCCUGGCCACCGUGCCCCCGGCCACCCGCCGACGGGCCCUCACCGUCCUAGAUUUCACUGGCAACUCGAUUGCUACUUGGAGUAAACAAGCAUGGAAGGAAUACCCCUGGACUGAGACUCUAGUCCUCAGGGACAAUGAGCUGCAGGCAGUGAAGAGCCAUUCCCUGGAGGGGCUGUUCCUGCUGAAGCACCUGGACUUGUCUGCCAAUAGGAUCCUGUUGAUUGAGGAAGGUGCUUUUGAGCCACUGCCUUUCCUGAGGCUUCUAAACCUCAGUGGGAAUGGCCUCACACAGAUCCACAGCAGCACUUUCCAGGCAUGGCACGGGAUGCAGUUUCUAGAGGAGCUGAUCCUAAGCCACAACCCCCUGACCGUGAUUGCUGACCCAGCAUUCUUCAAGCUGCCUUCACUCAACUAUCUGGACCUGAGUGCAACUCAAGUGACUCCGCAGACGUUGCUGCUGCUCCUGCAGACAAUAGUGCACUUGGAAACCCUCAAACUGCCCAAGGAUGUGGCCUGCUGCCUCUGCCAGGAGCAUGCCAGCACCGAGACCCCGUGCAGGACCAUCCAGUUCCUCUGCGAGAACCUGUGCAGCAGCAGCAGUGCCCAGUGUGCUGCUCACACAGGUCCUGUGUCACAGACACAGGGAGAAGUAAUGGAAGUGGAGCCCUCCGGAAAAGCAAAGAGCAGCCCAGUCUUGAACCUCAGGGCCAAGCAGCCUUCGCUGGGAGACCAUGGAACUGUAACUCUUGGGGUUGCCCUGACCCUGAGCAGCACUGAGGGGGAUGUCAGCAGCCUCAAGGAUUCCAGAUCAGAUUCAUAUCCCCCUGAGCACCUCUCCAGGCAGGAAGGCAAAACAGCUGCUGAUGAGCUGAUGGUUGAGGUCAAGAAUAAUCUGCCCAAGGCUAAAAGCAUCAUGACUGUGAAAAGCAUCGUCUCACGCCAGCCCCAGCCUGUCAGGGAGAAGGAUGUGGAGGAAAAGUCAAUCACAGUCUGGGAACGAAAGCAGAAGGGCUCCCAUUUGAACUGGCAGGCAUUAAACCCCUGGGAUGAAGCUGGUGGGUUAAACCCCCCUGAGGACGACUCUGGACACCACAAAGUAUCCACACUGCCUUCAAAACACUCCCCUUCGCACUCCACAGCAAAGGGCCGUCGCUUCUCCAGGUCUGUCAAUAUUCAAGACUACCACGAUGCUGUGGAACAGACUGAGAAAACCAUGGGGAUGGAGGAUGUGGAGGAUAGAGAAGAGGAGGAGGAAGCCCCAUCUUCAAAGCAGAACUAUGGUUGGACUCAGAAACAGCACAAUAAGAAGGCCAGCCAGCAGAAGCAGAUGGAGUCCCAUUUGAACUGGCAGACAUUAAACCCUUGGGAUGGAGCUGGUGGGUUAAACCCCACUGAUGAAGACUCUGUCUUUGGACACCACCAAGGUGUGGAUGUAGCUCCAUCUCCAAUAAGGAAAUACAUUUGGAAAAAGAAAGAGCACAAGAAGACCAACAGUCAGUAUUGGGUUGGACAAAAUCCACUUUUCUACCAGGUGUUUGGCCCUGCCAAAGCCCAGGGAGAGCCCACAGGCAGAGAAAGCAAAGCCCAGCAGGGUCUAAACAGGAACCUGGAUUUUCUGUCUGACCCGCUGGUGAACAACGGCCCCGCUGCAAUCAGCAGGGUAGAGGACAGGGCUGAAGGAGAGCCUUCCUCUCGAGGUGGGCACUUCCCCCUCCUGCCUGACACCAUGGAGACAGCCUGGAAGCAACAAGAGGAAGGCUCCAGGCUCCUCAACAAGCCAGGUAGCCCUGAGGGCCCAGACGUUUUGCCAGUUCCAGGAGAGGACUUUGAAACCACGGUCGAUCGUUCCCUGCGCUUGCUGGUGCCGGACGAAGGCCUGCGGGUGUUCAUGGCCCACAUGGAGCGAGCCCUGAGGACGGACUGCAGCCUGCCCGGGCUGCAGCUGGCCUGUGCCAAGAUGGUCUCCAAGACUGGGCUGCUUCUAAAUCUCCUCAGCAAGAGACAAGAGAGCGAGGGAGCCUCUGCUUUCACGAGACAGUGUCCUAUGGAAAAGACCAUCUCCAGACACACAACCUUGGAGGAGGGCAAGAAACACAGAAGGGAGAAACGACAGCCCAGGGACAAAGAAAUAUCGUUUGUGGUACUCCUGUCUGCCGUCACCACUGUUUUUGUGAUGCUGAAGUGUGUCCUCCAUUUGUGCUUCGGAUCUUGUGCAGAUGGUUCCCAACCCCAAUGCCGUAGGAAAUCAUUGCUGAGAAGGUUCUUUGAGAAACUUCAGUGGAGAGGGAGGAAGAAGGAGUACAGCCAGGGAGAGGCUGUAGAGCAGGGAAGGGCAGGGAGCACAUUCCAGGGCUGCCCCUCUGCCCACACUGCCUGCUCAUCCUCACCUCUCCCAGUCAUUCCUCUUCGUGGCACUUUCCAGAGAAUGCCCAAGCUCAGCGAAGCUGAGUUGCUCUUUGUUCAGUACAUCAUGGAUGUCCUUGAUGCCAAGGAAAAAGCAUUCCGGAAAGCGAUACAACAGAAAGAAGGCACGUGAGGAAGAGAAGACUUUCAGGGAGGUGAGGAGGAAGGAAGAGCAAUGGCAAUGCUUGUUCUCUAACUCCUGUUCCAGUCCAGGAACUGCCAAGGCUUUCCUUGGAUGCUAUUUCCUUGACUGUUAUUUCCUUGCUCUUCCUGCAGAGGGAAGCCCAAAGCAGCCCAGGGAAGCAGCCACAGUGGGGCAGUGCCGGCAGCCCAGGACGAGGUGCCUGUGCCAGUCACUGCAGUGAACCCCCAGAGCCGGCGCACUUAUCCCUCCCCACAGAGGAGGCUGUGGGCACCCCAAAGAAGGCAUCAAGCCCUCAGUCUCUUCUUCAUCCUCUGUGCCAAUGUUUCCCCCUGCAUCCAAUAAAAAAUGGAGAUUCCCCUUUUUCCUCCUCUCUUUGUUGA